GGACUUUGUCGAUGUCUUUCCGAUGUAACAGUUUCCGGUUCACCACUUCCUGAAAAUGGCUGGAAAGUCGAAAAAGAAAACACGUGUUUCCAAUGUGGAAACUAAAUCAGUGGAUGUGCCAAAGAAAAUCAAAGAAAACUUAACAUUAGACAGAAUUGUUUCACUUGGUGGCAAUAAGAAUGACCUGCAACUAGUGGCAGAUUUGGAGGACACUGAAGAGGACAUUGAGGGCUUUAAAGAGGAUUUUGAUGCAGAACCAGUCAAACAUGAUGAGAUCCGUGAUCUCAUAAAGAAACUUGACCUACACAAGUACAGAGGCCAAAGCAUCAUUGCUGAUGAAGAUGAAGCAGAUGAUGAAGAUGUGUCAGCUCCAAAAGAUGAAGACAAGGAUGAAACAGUGACACAGGAGGAACAGACACAGGCUGUAUCCAGUUCAACAAAAAAGAAGAAAAAGAAAAACAAGUUCAAAGUCCAGGAUGAUGAAAUUUCCAGUUCAACUGAUCCUGUGAACUACAGCAUACUGAGGACCAUCAGGGUGGACUGGGAUAAACAUAUUGCUACCUACAAACCCCGCAAGUACCUCCUCCUGAAGGGGACAGAGAGAUGGUAUGACGAGGAUGAGGCCCCCAACACUGGCCAGACACCGGAGUCUGUGGUACAACAGAUGGAGUCAUUUGCGUCGAAGCUGUUGGCUGAUGAGGUGGCUCUCUAUUCAAAACAGCGUGAAAACAGCAAACGGUCGGACACAAAAUGGAUGAAGACUGUGCUGGCGUCUGGCACGUGGUCCGACAAGUUGGCCGCCCUGACACUUCUGGUCGGGGAGUCCCCUGUGCACACUCUUACCAGUAUGGAGAGUCUUGUGAACAUGGCCAGGAAAAAGAGCAAGAGGGACGCAAUGGCUGCUGUUGCGGCCUUGAAGGAUCUGUUCCUGUCUGAUCUGUUACCCAGCCACAGAAAACUCAAAUGUUUUCAUCAGCAAUCUUUGCCGGGACUAGAGAGACUGGCCAGUGGAAACAAGGACACCAUUGACAGGACACUCCUGCUGUGGCAUUUCGAAAAUCAACUGAAGGAGAAAUAUGCUGCAUUUAUUAAAGCUGUUGAUACAAUGUCAUAUGAUACACUGAUAACACCCAAAGAGACAGCUUUAAGUACAAUAUACUACUUGUUGGCCAACAAGCCGGAAGGGGAGAAGGAGCUGCUGCCCAUGUUGGCCAACAAACUAGGAGAUCCAGACUACAAGAUAGCUGCCAAGGCAUCUUACCUGCUAACCAAACUGGUGAGUCAGCACCCAAACAUGAACGCUGUAGUGGCCAGCGCUGUAGAGGUGAUCCUGUACCGGCCGAACAUCUCGGACAGGGCACAAUAUUAUGCAAUGUGUUUCCUCAACCAGAUAGUCCUGGAUGCUGAGGAUGAAGAGCUGGCCUCACAGCUCAUUAAGAUAUACUUCUCCUUCUUCAGGGCCUUUGUCCAGAAAGGGGAGAUUGACAGCAAGAUGAUGAGUGCCCUGUUGACAGGAGUCCAUCGGGCCUUUCCCUAUGCUAAAGGUGAGAAGAGUUACCUGAGCGAGCAGCUGGACAGCCUGUACAAGAUCGUGCACCUGGUCAACUUCAACACUAGUGUCCAGGCUCUCAUGUUGCUACAUCACGUCACAGACUCAAGUGAGACGCUGAGUGACCGGUUCUAUGUGGCGCUGUACAAGAAGCUGGCUGCCCCGGCCCUAAAGACAUCUUCUAAACAAGCCAUGUUCCUCAAUCUCAUAUUCAAGACAAUGCGCACAGACACAUCUCAGAAACGAAUCAAGGCUUUCAUCAAGAGGAUGCUGCAGGUCUGCUCCUACCACAGUCCCCAGUUUGUGUGUGGCGUCCUAUUCAUGCUGUCUGAGGUGAUUAAGAAAAGACCAGACGUCAUCAACUUUUCACAGUCUUUUGAGGACUCCGAUGAUGAGGAACACUUUGUGGACCUGCCAGAGGUAGAUGAGAGGACAUCCCACACAGCAAAGGAAGAAGGGGAGGAGAACCCAGAGGUCAAAGUGGAGGACAUGGUGGAGGUCAAGGUGGAGGACAAGAAGAAUCUCAAGUCCUCGUGGGUUCAUCGGAGAAACAAGCAAGAUAAGAUGACACUGGGGACUUACGACCCGUUCCACCGAAACCCGAUGUACUGUGGUGCUGAUGAGGCUUGUGUCUGGGAGCUGGAGAAGCUGACAAACCACUUCCACCCUUCAGUGGCACUGUUUGCCAAAACACUGCUGCAGAAAUCCCCGAUUGUGUACACAAGUGACCCUCUGCAGGACUUCACUCUCAUCAAGUUUCUCAACAGAUUUGUGUACAAGAACCCCAAGAAGCUGGAAGCAGGUACCAAGAGUGUGAUGAGUGCCAAGCAGUCUGUACCCAAAAAUCAGGUUCCUGUGACCAGUGACAGUUUCAUAGACAGAGACGAGAACAGCAUCCCUGAAGACGAGAAGUACUUGUACAAGUACUUCAGCCAGAAAUCUGUGAGAGAUAAGUUGAAAGGGAAAGAUGACGGCAGUGAUGUUGACAGUGUCAGUGACGGAGAGUUUGAGGAAUACUUGGAUAACUUUGAGCGAGGAGCUGACCAAGGGGAGGACUUCUUGGACUUUGACUUCGCAGGGGAGUUUGGCAAAAGGAAGAGUAAAAGUAAGAAAAGCAACAAAACUGCAGAUGUAGAUGAAGAAGACAGUGAUGAUGAUAUUGAUGAUGCUGACGAUGAUCUGUCCGGGGAAGAGAUGGAUCUAGAUGAUGAUGACUUGGCUGCUGAGUUUAAGGCGGAGAUGGAGGAUGCAUUGGGAGAUGGGGAAGAGGAAGAAUUUGAUGAAGAGGAAGUGGAUUUCUCAGAUGAAGAUGGCUUGGAAGGUGUGAGUAGUCGAAAGAGAGGAGCUGAUAUUGGUGAAGACGACUUCAUGCCCACUCAGCGAAAACGAAAGAAGGACAAGUCUAAACACGACAGUGGGAGUCUGUUUGCUGCGGCGGAGGAGUUCUCCCACCUGCUGGACACUGAGGGGGGUGGGGGUCAGGCCCUGCUGGCAGGGGGCACCCACGACAUGUCCAACACAGACAACUCAAGUGCAAAGCAGCUCAAGUGGGAGGCUCGGAGGGACCAGUGGAUCAAGGGGGACUCCUGGAAGUCUCGGCGGGGACAGAAGGGGGGCAAGGGAAACUUCAAGCCAAAAGGGGGAGUCAAGUCUAAGGGGGGAGUCAAGUCUAAGGGAAACUUCAAGCCAAAAGGGGGAGUCAAGUCUAAAGGGGGAUUCAAGUCUAAGGGGGGGAAGAAGAAACCAGGGAAAAAGUAGUGAUUGGUGUGACUGUCAUUGUUUAUCAGCUGUUGAAGUAUUUCCGUCAUGUGGUUGUUAUGUUAUGACUAACAGUGACGACAGGGCAUUGUCACUGUAUUGUACUGUGAGAUAUGUGUACAAAACACUUUGUGAAUAAAGUCAUGUAUAUAUUGA